AUGACAACAGUGGUACGACGUAAUGUUCGACCAGCAGCGUCAAAUACUGGCGGUGCGUACAGUGAUUCAGCAAGUAGUAAUACAUUUCAAUCAAAUCAAAAUGAACGUGACGAUCGAGAUAAAAACGAUGAACGAGAUAGCGACGAUGAUGAUAAAGAAACACGUCUUACACUGAUGGAAGAAGUAUUAUUACUUGGUUUAAAAGAUCGAGAAGGUUAUACAUCGUUUUGGAAUGAUUGUAUAUCGUCGGGUUUGCGUGGUUGCAUUUUAACUGAAUUAAGUUUUCGUGGUCGUGUUGAACUUGAAAAAACGGGUGCACGUCGUCGAACAUUAGCCAAUCGUAAAGUUAUUUUACUGGAUGAUACAGCAACAGGAGAUGUUCUACUCGAUGAAGCGUUACGCCAUAUAAAAGAUACGCAACCAACAGAAACUGUGCAAAGUUGGAUUGAAUAUCUUAGUGGUGAAUGUUGGAAUCCAUUAAAAUUAAAAUAUCAAUUACGCAAUGUUCGUGAGCGUUUGGCAAAAAGCCUUGUUGAUAAAGGCAUAUGCAGUACGGAGAAACAAAACUUUUUCUUAUUCGACAUGACAACACAUCCGCUUAGUGACAGUGUACAUAAAGUAAAACUAGUAAAAAAAGUACAAGAUAGUGUUUUAUCACGCUGGCCAAAUGAUCCACGCCGUAUGGAUAAACGUAUAUUAGCUCUUAUAUAUUUAGCGCAUGCAAGUGAUGUUCUUGAAAAUGCGUUCACAUCGUUAUCCGAUGAUGAUUAUGAAGUUGCUAUGAAACAUGUCCGUGAAUUACUUGAUCUUGAUCCCGAUCAAGAAACGGGUAAAUAUGAUAGCAAAAUGGAAGCUAUGUGGGCUGUUGUAUCAGCAUUCAACAAAUGA